CAGUAAGAUGGCGGCGCUGUGCGGCUGGCCGCCUUUGGCCGUUUACCUCUGGUUGUGGACGACGGCCGCAGCCUCUCAGACCGUUUCGCCGACGUCCCGUUCCGAGUUGCUGAGCAUGAGGCCGGACAGUACGGUGGCGGGCUCCGUGUUCCUGGAAGGCGGUCUGCUGAAGGUGACGGAGGGCACCCGCUUCAAACUGCGGCUGUACGGUACGGGCCUGAGGUGGAGCGGGUUGCUGGGCGACGGCGGAGCCCGAGGCCCCGGCCUCUCGUUUGUGGAGGUGAGCGGCCUGCUGGAGACGGCGGCCGGCGGCGCCCGCCAGCAGCGACAGUCCCAGCGGCUCUGCCAGCAGGGCAGCUCGGACAUCGCCAUCCUGGGCUCGAGUCUGAACAACCGCUCGGUCCUGGUGGAGCUGGAGGCUAAGUACCUGAGGAAGGAUGAGAAGAUCAAGUACUACUCGUUGUGCGCCCGCAUCGGGGGCCGGGACGCUCACGACUGGAUCGCCUUCAAGACUGAGGAUUUCCACCUGGCCGUGGUGGAGAAGGAGCCGACAAGCACCCUCAGGUUCCAGAUCCUCAUCUCCUUGCUUUUCCUCUGCCUGUCCACCCUCUUCAGCGUCCUGCACAUCAGCCUUAUGGCUCUGGACCCGGUGGAGCUCAGGGUCAUCAAAAACAGCGGCAACGAGGACGAGAGGAAGUACUCAGAACGCAUCGAAUCCGUGAGGAGACAUGGCAACUACCUGCUGUGCACCUUGCUGCUAGGACAUGCCCUGAUGAACUGCUCUCUAACCGUCUGGCUUUGCGAGAUGUUCCACAACACGUGGCUGACAAUCGUUGUCUGUACCAGUUGUAUAUUUUUCUUUGGCGAGAUCCUCCCCCACGCCAUCUGCUCCCGGCAUGGCCUGGCCUUAGCUUCCAAGACCAUCUUGGUGACUAAAUUUUUCAUGAUCGUCAGCUUUCCAGCCUCGUACCCCAUCAGCAAACUCCUGGACGUCAUCUUGCAACAGCAGAUCAGCAACUUCUACACAAGAGAAAAGCUGAUCGAGAUGCUCAAGGUGACUGAUCCUUACAACGAUCUAGUUAAAGAGGAGCUCAAUAUCAUCGAGGGAGCCCUUGAACUCAGGAAGAAGACAGUCGAAGAUGUCCUGACCCCUCUAGGCGAUUGCUUCAUGCUGAGCUCUGAGGCUGUCCUGGACUUUGCGACCAUGUCAGAAAUCAUGCAGAGUGGCUAUACAAGAAUUCCUGUAUAUGAGAAUGAACGCUCAAACAUUGUUGACAUACUUUAUGUGAAAGAUUUGGCAUUUGUUGACCCAGAUGAUGACAUGCCUUUAGCAACAAUGACAAAGUUUUAUAACCAUCCUCUGCAUUUUGUGUUUAAUGACGCAAAACUGGAUGCUGUGCUGGAAGACUUUAAAAAAGGUAAAUCGCACUUAGCAAUAGUGCAGAGAGUCAACAAUGAGGGAGAAGGUGAUCCUUUCUAUGAAGUGAUGGGUAUCGUCACAUUGGAAGAUAUAAUUGAAGAAAUUAUUAAAUCAGAGAUCUUGGAUGAAACAGACAUUUACACUGACAAUCGAUCGAAGAAAAUAGCUCACAGGGAACGAAAGCGGCAAGAUUUCUCACUGUUCAAAAACACAGAAACUGAUUUAAGAAUCAAAGUUUCACCUCAGCUUCUACUAGCAACUCACCGGUUUUUAGCAACAGAGGUGGAACCUUUUAAAAGCACAUAUAUAUCAGACAAAAUUCUGCUAAGGCUUCUCAAACAUCCUAAAGUCAUCUGGGAGUUAAAGUAUGAUUGGCAAAACAGAGUUUCCCCUGAUCAGUAUCUUUACCAACGGAAUAAACCUGUGGACUACUUUGUACUUAUUCUACAGGGAAAGGUGGAAGUUGAAAUAAGCAAAGAAGGCCUGAAAUUUGAAAAUGGAGCGUUCACUUAUUAUGGUGUACCUGCACUCAUACCUUUGGCUUCUACAGUCACUAGAUCACCAUCUCACAGCAGUGGAGGACAAUGGGCAGACCCAGGAAAUCGGACAGAACGGGUUGAAUUUGGGGGUGGUACCUAUCAACAAAGCUUUAGUAGUUAUUCCUACGUUCCAGACUACUCUGUGCGGUUAUUAACUGAUGUCCAGUUUGUGAAGAUCACGAGGACACAGUAUGCAAAUGCAAUAGCAGCAACCAAACUGGAGAAUUCUCCCCAGACCCCUGAACCUGAUACGGCGAUAACAGCAUCAACAAGUAAAGACCCAACCACUAGCAUGUCCACUGAAACCACUAACUUGUUCAAUGGAAAGAACCGUGUGAUUCGCAGCAAGUCAGAUGGACUGAGAAGCCCAAGUGAUGUAUUUUUCUUGGGAAUAGAUGCAAUAAAUGACUCAGAGAUGACUGGUUUCAAGACUAAACAGCAUGAUGAAAACGCCAGUGUAAAUGUUGAACCUGAAGUCAACAAUCCAGAGCGGAAAAAAAGCACUUCACUUAGCAGUUCAGAAGAGACACUUGGCAAAAAGCUCCUGAGGAAACUAAGUGGCAAAAAGAGGAAGCCUUCCAGAGACAGUGAGAAAAGCCCUGAAGAGAAUGUAAAUGUACCUCAACUAAAGAUCUGACAUCUCCAGCAAAGCAGCAAGGCUAAAGCCAAACUGAUGGGCCGCAAGAAAAAUCACUCACUGGAUACGAAUCAUUCCUGAUACUCGAGCCUAACUAACAGAAGCUGCAAUAUUCGGACAUUGUGAAUCAUGAAAAGGGUUUGUAAUCAUGAAGCAAAACUACAGCAGUGACAGCGGCACCCAAGUUAUAGCUUUUCUUGUUUGAUACUUUGAAUUGAGAACUUAAUUUUUGCAUGUUUUUCCAUCUAACUACACUGAAUUUAAACUAGGGGAUUUCAGCAUUUUAUGUAAUUUAUCCAAAGGAUUGUACAUCAAAAUGCGUUUUUUUUCCAUGAAGGUCUCUAAUCAUGUCACCCUAACCCAACCUCCCCUCAUUUAAUUCUGGGUGUGUUGUGAUACUGUAAACACGCCCGUUUUGUGGCACAUACUGGAGUAUGCUUCAGGAAUCUAACACCUCUCAGGUUUCACAUAGCAUCGACGCUGCAUUUGAGCAAUGCUUUUGCAAUUCGUGAGAUGAUAAUGAGCCUGUUUUAUGCAUCUUUGUCUUGUAAGACAUCUCUGGGAGUCAAAAGGGGGACAGGUUUCUUCUGGUCCUAAUAUAUUCACAAAGUUUGUAAAAACAGCAGGCCAUUUUGUAGUGAAAUGAUCGUUGUAUUCUGAUGAAAUUUCAAUAGAAAUUGUGUAUUUAGGAGACCUAAGUGUUAUGUUUACGAUGUCGCUAUCAUAGCAAGAGGAAAUUUUGGCCCUCCAUCUAUCACCCUAUUUAAUAUUUAGAAAGCAUGUUACAGCCCAAAUCAAUGCAGAUUAAGUGCUGUCCUUAUAGAUUCUAUUACCUCUGAAGUUCUCCAGGUAAAUAUUUUUAUUGUGAUUAUAACAGAUGUAUAUUGUAGAGAUGUAGAUUAUUUAAGGUUUUCCAUUGCAGUUUCUCUGCUGCUUUGGCAACAUUAAUCUUGGCUGUCACCAUAGCUUUACAAUACUUACUUUCCUCGAGAUACUAUCCUCUAGGCAAUAGCCAAGACACAGUAUCCACUAGUUUCGCUUGAGUAGCAAUGCUCGAUAUGAUUGACUCUCUACAUUCUAAUACAGGAUAUUUUUAUUCUUUUUCUGUAUCCCUGCAGUCCUAUCUGUUUCACUCCUCUCUGUCUGAUGUGGAGUCUCAGAAAUGCCUUGUUUUUGCGUUUUUGUUCUUAGUGCCCUUCUUUCAAGCUCUACGCAGUUUGUGGCAUAAAGUCUGCUUCAUGCCAUCCCUGUACAUACUGCAGACACUGAGUUUCCACAUCUUUUAUGUUUAUUUGUCCACAAUGGCACCUACUUGAGACAAUGGCAUCUUAGCAUAAAGUUGUACUGCUGGCACAUGCAUCCACCCACCAGUUAAGCAAUGAAUAAUAAUCUGAGAAUUACCAACAUUCUUGGAACUAUAGCCCUGCAACAAUUGCUGCCUUCGGGGGAAGCAGGAGAAAUUGUAUGGAAGAAUGGACUUUUGCAUUGAAGUGAAAUUGAAAACUUUUAUUACUUUAAUUAAGUUUUGAUCUGAUGUGGUACGACUAAUUCAUAGAUAGGUUAGUGAUUUUUGUGAUCACAUGAUAUGCUGUAUCCAAACACCCAAUUAGCCAGCCUUUACUCUUUUCUUUCUCCUCAUCCCUCGCUCCACCAAACAUUGAAUUAGCGAUUAACUGAAGCAUUCAAAGGAAUGUUCCUGUGCCUGUAGGCUUUAACAAGCUUUCUCUACAGAGUUUCUGGAAGUGUGAUCAAUAAUGACGCAGCAAAGGUUACAGAGACUUGACUAAACAAAUGUACAAACUGCCAAACGCUUUAAUCUGAGAUUUAAAGAUUGAGAAAUAAACAGAUGUGACUGAAAAUCAGUGAAUUGAGAGGCAAAUUAUGUAGAGAACAGAGGAAAAAGAGAUGGAGAGAUUAGAAGGAUUUGAUUGUGAGUUACCAACUAACGUUGUUACAUCCAUAUUCCAGGCCAGGUUCCCCAAUUUGUUCUACUUCCAAGUGGGAUGCUUCAAAUCUCUAAACUCAACAUUGAGGAGGGAUGAACUGGCUCCUCUUGGUCAUUCACCUGCUCCAUUGGUGGGUGGCAACAUGGUUAAUUUAUAUAGGAUCCUUUCCCUUAUGGAUACUUUCUCCUGGACCCAAAUUUACACUUUAAAAGGAGCUAAUGUGACCAGGUAUUUUUGAAUUAACAAAAAAGAGUAAGAGUAAGUUUAUUCAUUAUUAAAUGUGGAAAGAAAUAGUAGCCCAACCCCAUAGACACAAAAUAAGUAAAAAUAAGAUAGUCCAAAAAAUAAGGCAAAAGAUAUAAAGAUCAGUCUCUGAAAGGCAGAUACAAAGACAUUGUAGCCGUUAUUGGAUGAUACUGGUAGCACUGAUGUUGGCAGCAAAAAGGUCCUUCCACUCUCGAUUUGCAAAUCUUUGGGAGUUUAGUGGCCAAUUAAUCAAUGUGCAAAUGCAGCUAAGUUUCACAGUUGUUGAGUAUGAGACGCUUGUCUUGGUUAGUUGACUUAAGCCAAAGUAAUGGUGGAAAAAGAGUUGGUCUUAAUGCCCCUGGGCUGGGCAAAGAGUUUAGUGAGGUGCUGGUUGAAGGGGAAAAAUUCAGUCAGUUAGUUCUCCAUCCAGUGAUCACAAGUGAAAAGUGGAUAUUGGGUCAUUCCUCAUGGACUGAAUGCCCAGUCCAUAUUUACUCCAACAUUUACACAUAGACUUGAAUGAGAUAGCAGGGGACCCACUAACCAAAAUAAGGAUUUAAAGGUGAAAAAAAGUACAUAAACACUUGCAGAAAUGCAGAGCAGGUCAAGUCACCCACUGAAAGAGAAUGGCAAGUUGAUGUUUCUGGGGUAAUAGUUUAUGGGAAUUGACAUUGUUGAGGCCUUCUAGUCAAACUCUGAGGUUUCUGAUAAAAGGCUACGCCCCAAACCUGUGAUUUAUCUUUCUAUUGCAGCUAUAGAUGACUUUCUUUGUCCUUCUAGCAUUUUUCUCAUUUUUCUAAAUUGAGAUCUUUGGUAAUUAUAUGACUGCAUAUACUCUGUACUUCCUACAAAGAAUCAGUUUCAAUGGGUGAACUGCUUCGCAGUAAUAAACCUUUAUGAAGCUUUCAAUGCAAUUCAGAAAGACAUUAUUUGAAGUCAAGGUGCUUCAUGGUGAUUCACCCCAAUGCAAAGAGAAUAGAAUGCUGUUAAUUCACAGUAGAGUUCACUAAGCUGGAUAUUUAGUAGACCUUGAGGUGAUGCUAAGGCUGAAUUCAAAAUAGGAGUGUUUAUAUUUAUUAUAUUUUGUUUAACCCUUUAUUGAAUAUUUAACUGAUUUUCCACUUUGCUGAAUUUCACCAUGCCAUCACAUGAUCAGUGUCCGGUAAGGCAAUAAAAAGGAAAGGAAAAAUCAGAGGGAUAAGUCAUAGAAUUAUACAGCAUGGAAGCAGGCAGUAACUGAGUAGAGUUAUGGUAGAGACACUAAGAACUGGCUCGCUUCUAUCUCAGCUGUACAAUAAUUUAAAUAGGCUAAGGGGGAGGAAGCAAAAACAUUUGUUGCCUAUAUGUUCCUACCAACAUUUUCAACAAAUAAUGGGUAACUGUGCAUAAAGUGUGCUGGCUAGGAUUAGUCUUUUUCAGUUGCAUUCUGGCCCGAUAGUGAGAUUGUGGCUUGAGGUCUGAUGUUUGCUGAAAUAACUCAUCACAAAUUUUAGUUGCGAGAGCCCCCAGAUCAUAAGGAAGAGAAAUGAGUAGAAACGAGGAAUUACUUCUAUCUUUACAAAAUCAGACUUUUGAAGAAAGAAUGAAAUUCUUUUAAUGAAAAACAGGGGACCAUAUGACUUUGAAAUGUGUAUUUUCUGAGAAUGCAACUUUAUUGUUGUUAAGGAGAGAACCUUUUUUUUUGCCAAAGGAAAUAUAACUCCCAGGCCACUGGUAUCUCGAUUACAGAAACGCCCCACUAAAAAAUUACAGUGCCUGCAACCUCAGGUCACAGCAAGCAACAUGAUGGCAUCCUGUCGUAAGUUGACACCAUGACCUUCAAAAUGAAGCAAUGGAAGUUCCCCCUUUUGGAUCAUAAACUCAAAGAGAGAAAAUAAGUUUACCGAGAGAAUUGGAAAUCAUUUCUAAAAUAAUAUUCUGCAUCUUGUGUAAAGUUUGUUAUCCCGUAAACUUUAAAAUGGCCUUUCUCAGAAUGCAUUAUCAGGAACGUUUGGGAAAAUGGUUAGGAGGAAGGCGAGUUUUUUUUUAGAAAUAUUUAGAAUUUAUUUGUCUUUCAUUCAACUUUGAUUUGUGAGUACUGAAUGGAAGGUUAUUCACAAAGAUGUCCUCUGGUAACUAUAAGAGCCUUUUUUACAAACUUUGGUUAAUCUCACAAUUGGGUACAUUUUACAAUUGACAACAGUGGUAAACAGCUUCAAAUGGUGGGAGCAUCUUCGAGGGGCUUGUGAAUAAAUCAAUGUACCCAAUUCAUAACCUGCCUAGUUGGACAGAAAAUCUUGCAGGUUGCAAAUUAGCCAUAUCUACCUCCACAGUCCACACCCCAAUUCCUCAUGGGUGUUCCCAUCACACCAAUUGUAUGUGAAAUUGAGGUAAAAUUCAUAUCCAUAUUUAUUAAUUAGAUGAACCUCCGCUCACACAGCUUUAAUGUAGAUUUAGUGCUAUCUUUGAUACUUUUGUUUAAUAUCAGGACUCCCAGCUAUGAUCGGUAAAACUGUGUGCAAAUGGAAUAGAUUGUACCGCUUCUGGGAGCUAUGCAAUCAUCCAUUUAUAUAACACCUUAUGUAAGAAAGACUUAUAAAACUGAUGCCAGGAAGGGGGAUAUUAGAGUGAGGACUGAACAUUUCAGAUCAAAUCUAGUAGCUUUGAGAAGAUUUUUAUAGGAGCAAUUGGAGGGAGUACAGAGGUUUUCAGCCUAAUAAGAUGGAGAGGAAAAUGGGGUGGCACGGAGGCUCAGUGGUUAGCACUGCUGCCUAACAGCGCCAGGGGCCCGGGUUCGAUUCCAGCCCCAGGCGACUGUCUGUGUGGAGUUUGCACAUUCUCCCCAUGUCUGCGUGGGUUUCCUCCAGGUGCUCCGGUUUCCUCCCACAGCCCAAAGAUGUGCAGGUUAGGUGGAUUGGCCAUGCUAAAUUGCCCAUAGUGUUCAGGGAUGUGUAGAUUAGGUGGGUUAUAGUGGGGUGGGUCUGGGUGGGAUGCUUUGAGGUUCAGUGUGGACCGGUUGGGCUGAAGGGCCUGUUACCACACUGUAGGGAUUCUAUUCUAUAAAAAAAAAGUUAAAGAUGAAGUGAAGUAUGUUCAUGUGCGGUUCUGCCAACUGCAUAGCGUCAAUUCCAAACACAGUCCUCUACUUGUUUCCUUCACUGAGCCUUGAUUAAAGACUAAGGUGUGAAUAAUUGCACUAAGCAAGAUGAAGGAUAGAUGUGGUUACACCAUUGUGUACAAAUUAUUUGUUAUAUGUAUGCACAAUAAAUAUUUUAUAAAUAAUUUGUGCUUGUUUUAAACUGCCUCAGUCCCUGAAAGCAAAGUGUGUGCAAGGUUACUUUUAACUUUAUUAUAUUUACCAUUUUGAGGUGAGGAUCAGUGAUCUGAAUUGAACCUGCGAAAUACUGCACAUUUUCAUUAUAUUUUGAAUUUUGUUGUUAUAGUAGAAUCUGUUCUAGCUCAUCUACAGGUUCUGCUGAUGGGUAAUCUUGAGUCUUGAUCAGGUUUUCUUUUAAGGCUGCUAAUCUGGGAUCCUUUGUGAGAGAGUGAUGGAAAUGGAACACCAUGUGGUUAUUUAGAGAUUAAUUGCUAAGAGAUUUCUGCAGUUUGGCAAUUGUUUGUAAAUCUUAACAGUGUUUCCUUUUAAGAAAUGACAGCCUAUCAAAGUCAUAAAAACCGACAAGAAAAAUAUCAGACUUCUACAUUUUUGUGCUUUUAGCACAGUGAAGUGCAGCAGAUGUGCUAUGUGAAAGAUUGUUUUAUAUAACUAGUAAUUCGUCCAUGUAUUUGCACUAUAUGCAACAGUUUUAAUAUAUUGUGGGUGGUAUUUAAAGCUUGGUUUAAUGUUUUUUAAAAAAUCAACAUGCUUGGAUUUAAAAUUGUGUUUGUCUCAUGGAAAGAAGCACCAUAUACUGUAGAGUUCAUUUUUAUUGGGUAGUAUGUGGGUGUGAGAUACACAAUCUCAUGCCCAGGGCAUUAUCACGAGAACAUAAGAGCCAUAGGGACCAUAAUAUGUAUUGACCAGGUUAAUUAAUUAAUUAGGAGGAGACACUGAGGGUAUUUCCUCAAAACAACAAAGGCUAUCGGGAGACUUCCCAAUCCAUCCUAUUUUCCCAGGUUGAAAAGCCUCUGAUUGGGGCUUAUCCAUUUAGAAUUGUUACCAAAAGUGAGGAGAGGUAUUAAAAUAUAUUGCAGUACCUCGAGUCUGGAAUACUAUAGGGAGUAGUUCAGGCAGAGAUCAUUGCAGAUCUCUUUUAAGGAUAAAGUGCAAUUAAUAUUUGAAGUUAAGGAAGAUGCAGGGCUUUUGGGAGAGCACAGGACAAGUAAAGUUUUUGAUUGUUUAAACCAAGAAUUGCCACAGACAUAGGGGGUUGACUAGGCUCCCUGUGCUAUAAAACUCUGGUUCUGUAAUCCGAUGAGGUCAGAAUUUACCAAUUCCAUUGCAAAAUAAAAACAUAAUUUUUGUAAGGUAUUUAUUAAGAAAAUGAAUAGCAGGCAAAGAAAAUCUGCACCAAAUCCAAAGAAUGAAUGUAGAAGAUGAGAGAAAUGAAGGACAAGGAGCUUGGGAACAAUACAAUUGCUUUGUUUCUCAGUUCAGCCAGUAUUGGGAAGGAGCUUGAACCCAAUCAAAUCAAAUAGCAUGUGUUUCCAAUGCUACCCUUACAAGGUACAGUACAACGUUACAAGGCAUGCAUUUUUUUUUAUAUUGGGAUCUUACAUGAUGGCUCAUAUUGAGAGAUAGGAGAGCCUACUGCAAUACUAUUUAAAAUGUGCUUUCAAAUGCGGUAAUCAAAUGAGCACUCUGAUCAUUUGUGUCAGAAAAAUUAUUGCAUGCAUUGUGCUGUUAGAUUCAAUGGAUAAUUGACAAAUACGCUACCUCCAAAAAGUUAAAAUUCUUAUUUAUUUUUAUGUAUUUUUGUAAAACAACUAAUAUUCCACCCAGAUAUUGUUGAAAUCUAACUGUUGUAAAUGCAACUGAUGA